AUGCGGCAUCCACUUUCUGAAAGGGACUUAGAAGAGGAAAAGGCAAGGAUGGAAGGAGAAGUGAUGGAAGCGCCAAAAGAGGAAGAAGUGAAGGAACAAAGAGAAGAAGAAAAAAGAGAAAAGGCCGCUCAGCAAGCACCCGAAGUACCCGAAGAAGAAGAGGAGGAAGAGGAAGCGCCUGAGGGCCCUAUGAAGCCAUCAGCGGAAGACCGCAGAAAACGGAGGGCAGAAGAAAGGGAGGAAGAAAUAGAGAAAGAACUGAGGAGGGGGAGACAAAUGGAGAGGGAAAAAGAAGAAGAAAAAGAGCGCAAAAAGGAAAAGGAAGCAGAGAAAAAGGAAAAAGAAGAAGAAAAGGCGAGAGAAACGCAAGAAGAAGCAGAAAAAGAGGAAGAAAAAAAAGAAAGAGAAGCAGCAGCGAAAGAAGAAAAGGAGGAAGAAAAGAAGAGAGAAGAAAUAGAAGGAGAAAAAGAGAAAGAAGAAAAGGAGAUAAUGAAAUUGCCAAUACCCCCAAUCCCUUCUAAAUUACCCCUGCCGAAGAUAUCACCGGAGGAUCUACACCCCACCUGGGCCCCUGAGGAGACGCCGCCAGAAACCCCCUAUGUAAACCCGAAUUAUUCAGAAGAGGAGAAGCGAUCGUCACGCUUCUGCUGA